AUGACAUGCGGCAACGAUGGCCUGCUGUACUUCGCUCCUACCAUUCCCUCCACCUGCGCAUGGGUACCUCUCUACUACGUCUCGUCCACCUCGGCUUCAGUCUCGGCAUCUUCGGUUGCAUCGACCACAUCCUCGUCAUCUUCCUCAUCCUCUUCUUCGGUAGCACCCACCACUUCCUCGACAUCAUCUUCUGUCGCACCUACUACUUCAUCGGUCGCUGCUCAAGCCACCGUUUCGUUCACUACCGUCACUACCGCUUGGACCGGUACAUUUACAACAACUACUACUGCAGUUUCUGGCCUGGCUGCCACCGUCGCUGGUGCAACAACUACUGUCACGGUCGUGUAUCCCACCCCUGUUACUACUUGCGGCAACCAAGGUAUCAACUUUGCUGCUUACACAAACAAGUACUCUGGCGGUCAAGCAACCUAUGGGUACCCCUCAUUCAGCCCCGAGGCUUACAAGAAGGUUUCCCCUUGGUUCUCCGACGACACCACCUACAUUGCCGAGUCCAACGACGGUUCUGGCACCAAGAUCAACGUUUAUGGUUACGGCCCUCUUGACGCUAGCACUCUUGUCCUUGAUCACACUUUCUACCUUUUCGCCUCCCAAACCGGUUACUACAGUCUCAACGUCCCUUACACGGAUGACAUCCAAUUCGUCUGGGUCGGCAGCAAGGCAGUCACUGGCUGGACCCGUGCCAAUGCCGAUAUCACUCAAUUCUGGAGCUCUCAGAUCGCCACCCAGACUCCUCAGACAUUGGCCUACUACCUGACUGUCGGCACAUAUCUUCCCAUCAGAACCCUCUUCGCAAACGGUGGUGGCCAAGGUGAUCUUAGAUUCAAUAUCUAUGCUCCUGAUGGUACAUCGGUGCUCUCGAGUAAUGCCGGACAGAACUCGGGAGUUUCUAGCGUGGAUAUCGUUGAGUUCCCCUGCAACUCUGCUCUUGGAGCUCAGUUCCCUGCUUGGGGUAAGGAGACUUAG